CGGAGACGAGGAAGAAGAGAGCAGCGCAGUGAACGUGAGAGGAACAGACGAGAGAAGAGAGGAGAGGCUGAAUCCGCAUUCGCCUCGGUGUGUCAACCCUCCAGGAAGAGAUGAGGAGGAGCUGCUUUCCACAGCAGCAUUACUGAGGCUCACUGACUGACUGCCGGGGGGAACCCAUCCAUGUCCUCCCCUUUGUCUCUCCAUAAUUGGCCACGGCAGGUUUUCACAGCCUUGAGAGGAGGACAGCGACGUGGAGGUGUGGAGAAGAGAGGAGAGAGUGACAGAGGAGAGAAAGAAGGAGAAGGAAGAGAUCUGAAGAGGAGACACAGCUAAACAGCAGGGAGUCGUGCCCGGACAGGUUUAUUUCCAGAGGGCUGGAUUGGAUUUUGAGCUUUUUUCCCCUCAUAUGGUCUGUGACAUUGGUGUCUUUUCAUCCACGUCGCCCACAGGAUUGUCUCCAUGCUGAGGAAGGACACAGCUGGGAGUCUAAAUCUCUACUGAGGGGGAUGUUUUGUAGUUAAUAAUCCUUGCUGGCUGAUUGAUUACUCUGUUGAGUUGAGCAGCUGCUUACUGGGCUGAUGUCUUCUUGAAGAACUGGAAUCUCAGGUCUAUUUACUCCAGACCACAAGGAUAUAGCUCUCACCAUCGACUCCCAGGGUCAAGUAGUCUGAACUCAAAAGGAAGUGGACAUUAUAUCCACCGCCGAUCCCCUUUUAAACAAACUUCACCAAAGUUGUGGAAAUUUGUGAAGAUUUGCCAUCUGAACAGCUGCAUUUAAUGCAUCCUGUCAAAUGGUGUAACGGGUGUCUGUGUGACCUUGGAUUGCAGAACUCCAAACUCCACUGCAAGAUGACGUCCGAGGAUCUCUUCAACCUGCCGCUCAACGUCUACAUCAUCAUCCUGGGCAUUGGCCUCUUCGUCAUCAUGCUCAGCCUCUUCUUCUGCUGCUACCUCUUCAGAUUGAGGCGACAAGGUGCUCGAGAACAGUAUGGCUACAGUGAGGUUGUUUUGAAAGGAGCGGAGAAGAAACUGAGCCUUCUUGGUCAAACCUGUGCGGUGUGUUUAGAAGAGUUUCGCAGUAAGGACGAGCUCGGGGUGUGCCCUUGUUCACAUGCUUUUCACAAGAAGUGUCUGCUAAAAUGGUUAGAAAUCCGCAGCGUCUGUCCCAUGUGCAACAAGCCCAUUUGCCGCCUCCAGCCGGACCCCCCACAAGCAUCCGAGCGGCGACAAAGUCUCCUGGAGGUCUGACAGGGAAGCGCAUGUCCAGCAGUACCUCACGUUCUCCGCUAAAAAGACAUCUGUCACUAUAGAGGGUCCUGUUUCACUGUCCAACAGACUGUAUUAAUAGUAAAGCAUUUUGAGGCAGAGCUACUGUGGGAGAAGAAAUUGUAUUAACUGGACAUACGGAGCCAAAGAACCUAACAAGCAAACUGAGACAUAUACGGUUAUGUUAAAGACUUUCCACCAAUUAAUGGAUUAACGCAAACUAGAAAGCUGCAGAUACUUCCGUUAAAGUACCCGAGCUAGGCUGUGUUAAUGCACAAGUGCCUUAAAGCUGCCGAUCCUGCGAAGGAACCUAAAAUCAAUUUCAGACCGGGUUGUUGGUCGUGAGCUAGCUAAUCCCAGUUAUUCUGUGCAUGAGUAUUGGUGGAUUUGAAAACUCUUUAAUUGCGAGGACAAUGACUCAAGAAGAGCUGUGUUUGCUCAACUGCCAGGUUUUGCCAUUUUAAUUGAGUUACUGAUUUAAACAUUUAAUCUGGUAAGAUUCCCAGUCACCCAGGACGUGUUAAUCUGAGAACUUUUUAAUGGUUUGCAACCGGGCUUGGUUGUAGAUACUAUUAGACUAUUGAUGAAGAUCUCUCAUCCAACAAGCUUUUUCAGUUACUGCUGACUGUUGAGGAGCCCCAGGUAUUUAACUACUGCGGGUUCAGUAUAAAUUGAUGUGACUUGGUCCGUUGGUGCCCCUGGCUGUUGUAACGACAGCUGUUAGAUGUUGGAGUCACAUGAGACCAAGUGUAAACAACCUUCGUCUUUGCAGUCACCUGAGGCGUGAAAUGUGAAUGUUUGUUAAAUUCGCUGUAAAGGGAUGGAAGGACUGCAUCGUAGGUGGUGGAUGGGAGGUGUCAUGGACCUCCUCCUCUGGUUGGGGGUUGGCUUCUCUACUUCGACGUAGAUGGCCUCCUUCACUCCUCUUUCAAACCGGCUGUCCUUCCUUUGUAAAAUAUGUGUGAUUGUUAUCAUCGUAGGUGUGUCCCUUAUCUUUAGGGGUAAGUAAACACAUGACGUGUGUGCUCCUGUGUUGAGCAAUGCAUUUGUUUAUUGGUUGGUUAGUUUCACCCGUAUGUGCAUUCCUCACUGCGUUGGACAGACACUAGAUUUCUUUUCAGGGUGUGUGGUGUACCAGAUCAUGUCCUAGUGUGUUGCUGGGUUUUGAAACACACAGGGAUGCAGUACUUGUUGGAGAUCAGUGUCUCAAAUACUCCAGACAUGUAAAAGAUGACUGUGUUGUUGGUACAUUAUCAGCUUGGUUCUGAUAACUCCUAGCUUGUGUUCCAGUGGAGCUGGAGGAACUUUCCACAGGAACUAGGAAACUUUGCAACCGGGGUCACAAUUAAGAUCAGUGGAAAUUUUUUAACCCCCAAAAGUUGGUUAGCGGGAAGGAGUACAUAAACCUUUGGGUUGGGGUUUACAAUUUUGAAGAGUCCUGAUUGGUCGAGUAUUCCUGCAAUAGCUUGUAAAAUAAUUAUUCAUGAAUUGGGCAUUUGAGGUGAUUUCAAUGCACCUUUUCACCGCGCUCUUUUCUCUUCAAGCAUUAAAUUAAGAUUGACAGCGGCAUGGCUUUAAUCUCUUCCAUGUUUACGAUUUGUACAGUGUCAUCGUUGUCAAUUUUUUUGCAUUGUGGCCUCCUGGUGGAAUGGAGUGGAAAAGCUUGUUGUAGCCAUUGGUUGUUCCUAAAUUAGCAGGUUGAUUUGCCAAAUCCCUCCUGGUCUAUAGACUGUGGUGGAAACACUGAAAAAAGUUCCUGGGGUCUAAAAGUUCCAGUUACUUUGGUUGCAACACGGCUCAAGUGUAGGUACUCUUGUGUGUGUGUAGGUUUAAAUUCUGCCAAUAUUACCACAAGAGCUGUGAAGCUAUAGGCUCCUUCUCAAUCUUUGGGUAACAAAUCAGAUUAGAUGUUCAUAUCUUUCUUGUCUUAUUCUUGUUUUUUUGUAGCAAGAGCACAUCUGCUUGUCUUUUCCAGUGGCCUUCAGUUUAAUAUUAGUCCUAGUUAUACAGUAACCUGUAGAAGUAAGAUUCAUCCACUGAGCUUUGAUCAUCCAUCAGGCAGAGAUGUGGUUGCAACUGUGACAUAAACACAACAGCAUCAAAGAUUUGGCAUUCUUCACGACCAUCAAAUUCACAGCAUUAUCACAAGCAGUAUAUUCUGUUGCUAUAGUUUCAUUGUCAGAAUAUGGAGAAAGCAGCCCCCUGUCACCGGCCGAGGAUCUGACCACAUUUUAAGACAUAUUCUAAAUGCAGGUAAUUCCAAAUGGUUUACUUUCUUUUUUCUCUCCACUGUAUUCAAGUUGCAAGUGGAGUCAGAUGACAUACUUACUUCUUUAGAAAGGGUCCCUCUAUGUGACACAAACAGUUGUGUUUGGCCCUCAGCCAUUUCUGGGAUGUUGAUGUGUAGUGUCACUUCUGUAACUCAGCUAAUGAGAUUACUUCUGCCUCCAGAGCAGCUCUGCCUCUGAGCCAUGUUUGUAUGACAGUUUGGCCCAUAAUGAUAUGCAGCUCCAUGUCAAUGUGAUGUGUCUGGGUCUUUAGCCUCAGCUCCAGAGGCUGGAGCUUGGAAAGAGGAAGAUUCCACCACCAGACAACACCAGACAACUGUUCUUGCCCAGCAUUGAUGGGUAAUGCAGAGACUGCCGUGAAAGAUGUAGAACAUUUACAAUCAAAAUAACAUAAUGUCCUGUUUAAUUGAACAAAUCUGGGUAAUGUUUAACUUUAGAUUGAGUGUUGUGGUGUGUGUGUUUUGGCUGUAAUCUCCUAUUAUCUCACAGUCAAUCAGCUCCGUCCCACAGUAUGUUGCCAUGCUAAAUGAAGGUAAUGAAGCCCUAAAUGACAACACAUUGGAGCCAUAUGGGAUCUAAGAGAAAAGACAACUACAUGCUGUCAUACGCCUGUUCAGCUACAACAAAAGGUCCGAAGUGACUUAACCACAAAAUACACAUAAAUACAUACAAUUAUUUUUAGGAACUAUUUUGUAUCAUAACUGGCUCUCAAUAAAGGGCAUAGUAUGUCAGCUACAACACUUUGACUGUCAUUUGUCUAACCGUAGGCCAUCAUCGAUAAAGACGAUGAGAGAUAAAGCGACCAUUCAUCAAAUUAAUCUAAGCUCCUGACGUCUAAGAACCGCUCUGUACGGUUAUAAAUAGAAACACUGCACUGAUAUGAGGAACCUGUUUGAGCUGGUUUCUUGUCUGAGUGAGGUGCCUUUGAACAUCGUUCUCUAAGGGUAGGAAUACAUUAUGAGUACUGUGCAAAUUGUAAAUGCUUUGAAUUUUCUAUUUCUGAAAAAAUACAGAAUCCGUGUUUUGAUAUUGUCAA